UAAACAGAUGAGUCAACAGAGGGACGGGCAGACCGAGAGCAGGGACGCAGUCACACUCAGCUGGUAGUUAAGGAAAUAUUGACAGACUGAAGAACAGGAUUAAAAAAACUUAUUCAGUAUAUUAUUUUGUCUAAAAAGAAGACUGACUAUCUUGACAGUAACAGGAGCUGAAGUGGUUUACAGGAAUGAAUGCGGACAGAGAGGAGCAGGAAGACGAACUGUUGGCUCUCCAGAGUAUUUUUGAUGCGGAAGAGUUCGUCCGGGAUGAGUCGAAGUUUGCCGGAGAAAUACGAGUGUGUGUCGAGCUGCCUGCGGACUUUACAGUGCUUCUUAAAGAAGGUAAAACAAUAAUUUACACAGACAGAGGAGUACUUAAAACACGAAAAGUAAAAAGUUUUACUGUAUUAUAAUUACACGGACCCCAAAAGUGGACAUGUUUUGGCAUGUUUCCGUCACUCUGACUUUAUUUUGUUACCUCGGGAUUACAGCCUCAUGAGGAAGACUUUAAAGCUAAAGUUAUUGACAGAUCAUCAUGUGAAAUCUCUCCAUAAAUCUCCAUAUAAGAUUUAUAACAAAGUGUUAAAUCUGGUAUAAAAUCCAGGUUAGGGUGUAAAAACUGGGAUUUUUUUCUUGUAAAUUCUGUUUGUUUUUUUGCUCAGGUGAAUCUCAGAGGCAGUAUAAGAUCUCUUACCUCCCUCCUCUACAUCUGACCUUUGAACUCCCUGAGGACUACCCUUCCUCCUCCCCUCCCUCCUUCACUCUCACCUGCAGCUGGCUGACACACACUCAGGUAAUCAGUGGAGGUAAAGUGGGUCAAUCAAAACACUAUCUGUCACAUUUACUACAGGGUGUGUGAAGGUGUCAUAGUGUAGAUGAAAGGUUACAUCAGUCCAUCUCUACUCUCUUUCCACAGCUCUCUGCACUGACUACUCAGCUCAAUGAUCUCUAUCAGGCCACUGGGGGCGCUGUGGUGCUCUUCACCUGGAUCCAGUUUCUCAAAGAGGAUGCCCUCGGGUUUCUGGACAUCAGUUCUCUACUGGAGCUCCCAUCAGAUGAGGUGUCCAACCUCUCACAGCUGUCCUCAGGAGAAAAGCAUCAGACUGGGGAUUUUGCCAGUGACCAGGAUCCUCAACCAUCAAAAGUGAGCAGUGAAGAUCCUCAGGAAGCUGAGGAGCUAGGCCGAAAUAGUCCAGUAUCUCACUACAGCUCAGCUACUCAGAGUGGUCCUAACUCAGAGUCUGAUGAAGAGGGAUCUGAAGACCAGAGGCUAGAAACCUCAGGAUUAAAGGCUGUCUCAGAGGACGACCAUGAGGACACUGUAAAUGGAGGUGACUCUUCAGCCUCAUUGCUACCCUCCUCUAACUCACCACAACCACAGGAUCCAUGUGGACCUGCUUCUGUGCUGGUCCACUCUAAAGAGUCCACACAUAAAGACAACCAAAAACCCUCUGGUCCCUCCUUAACUCCGUCACAGGCCCUCCUGUCCCAGAUCUUAAUCUACAAUGCAGCCCAGAAACAGAAAGAGUUUUCCACCACUGUGUUUGACUGUGGGGUGUGUUUCGUGGGUUGGCUUGGUUCUGACUGUGUGCAGCUGUUUGAGUGUGGCCACAUCUUCUGCAGGGGUUGUCUGGGUGGGUUUUUUAAGCUCCAGAUAACAGAGGGGAACAUCCGGGGCGUCAGAUGUCCUGAUGGAGACUGCACUGCAACCCCUACACCUGCACAGGUACAGUCAUGAGCUGUGUGUAAAUAUUAAUAUAUUUGUAAGAAGCAUAUGUCUGCAGUAAUAAUGUUGUAACUAAUAACUCUCAUAUUUACUGCCAAGUUUAACCCCUUGAUGGCAAGUCUCUAAAAAUGUUUUUUAUUCUCGUAUCUUUGAAGGUGCAGAGUUUGGUUGGUGAGGAACUGUUCAGCCGCUAUGAUCGCCUCCUGCUUCAGAUGACUCUUGAUCGCAUGGCUGGUUUGUUUCCUUCAUAUUUACGUAAAACUGAGCAUGUAUCAAAUUGACUUUAUCUAAGAUUCAAAACAGUUUUUGUAGGUAGUUAUUGAAUAGACUUUUUCAAACUGGUAGUGAUGAGCGCAUUAAAUGUUUAGUUCUCUUUUAAUUAUUUCAAUGAAUUUAAGAAUAUUUAACAUACCAAACAGGAUCAAACCAUCAUCUUCUUGAAAACAAACCUAAACUCUUUUCUCCUUGUAGAUGUGGUGUACUGUCCUCGACGUACCUGCGCUGCUGCUUGUAUUAUGGAGAAGUCCAGCAGGGCAGCGAUGUGCUCUGUGUGCGACUUUGCCUUCUGCGUGGCCUGCAAAAAAACCUACCAUGGAACAGACAAGUGUCAAAACGAGAAGAGGAAGGAUGAGGAAUCAGAACAUUCACAGAACACUGCAUUGCCACGAACAAUAGGUAUAAGAAACUUGACAAGAAUCUUUGAUUUUACUGCAUGCUGGUCUAUCACUAUAAGUCACAGUGGUCAAAAGUAACAUAAAAAGAUUAUAGAUAGCUUGGUACCGCUGUAGAAAAGACCCCAUCUAAAACGACCUUUCAUCCACCUUUGAUAAUAGACCUACACUGCCACUGGGUUGUUCGCUCAGUUUUUCUAUAUGGAAAUGUGUAUCUAAACUAGUGAUCUUUGUGUGCAUAUGUGUGUGCUUGUGUGUGGACAUGCUUCAGAGGGGUUAAAAGCUCUGUGGGCAGAUUAUUCCAAAGGUAGUAAGGAGAGGAAGAAGCUCCUGGAGAGCAGAUACGGUCGCAGUAGGGUGCAAUUCACUGUCCAGGAGGGUCUCAGUGAACAGUGGAUUGUCGUCAACAGCAAAAACUGUCCCCACUGUUUCUGCAAAAUUGAGGUAUUCAUAUUCUCUAUAAUCUUUAUUGAAAAAAGAGCUGACUGUUUCAGAUGGCUGGUUUUGCUAACGUAUGUUUUUGUUUUUUAUUAUAGAAGCAUGGUGGAUGUAACAUGAUGACGUGCGCUCAGUGUCACCAGUACUUCUGCUGGGCUUGCCUCUCUGCAGUGCCAUGGGGUCGUUCAGGUUCACACUACAGUCAAAGUCCCGACUGCUUGUUAUCACUUUAAUCCCUGUGGUAUACUUCCAUCAGCCACAAAUUAAGUUGCUUACACAAAAUUUGCACUAUUAUUCUAUUUUAAAUGUGUUUUUCUUUGAUAUGCUGUCAAAACUGACAAUUUGUGACACAGUUGGUUCUGAGAACUGAUGUAGGUAAAUGUUGUAACGCUCUAAAUAUAAUUUAUUUUGCUUAUGAUCUGCAAACAAAGCAUUUUAGUACUGAGUUUUUAACAAUAUUUGAUCAACAUAUAUUCAACAUUGAACACAAACUUGACAAAACAGAAAUAAAAAAUGUCUUACUAACCUCUUUGUUGAUCAACUGAAUGACGAAGUGAUAACAGCAGGAGGAGUCUGGUUUCAAACUUUUUGUAAUGCAGGUGUAUUUAAAAACAUGCUUUUGAAAAAGUCUAUCGUGUGGAUAUCUUCACCAAUAAAGCUCUUUUAAAAUGAUUUAUGAAAAUACAGUGAUGUGUAUGUUCAAAACAAUUCAUGGGGUACUAUCACCAGAGUGGUUUUGUGAGUUAACUGUCCGUACAAAGUUUGUUAACCAUUCCUUCUAAUGGUCUAUAAUAGUGAGCGGGACCAUGUGUAAUACCACGGACAGUAAAGGUGGAUCACAGGGUUGUACUGACAGGCUUAACAUGGAGAAGAAGGUUUGCAUCUAAGUUCUUCUAAUACAUAACUGAUCUAACACAAUAAGUGUCCACAAUAAGGUAGUUUUUCUAUAUAAUAUAUCUAUAAAGUGUUGAAAAUGGGAGCUGCCUGAGUGGUCAUGGAGUUAGUUCAAGUUUUUCUGAGUUUAUACAAAUGUUAGAAUUAUGUUACAUUUUCUCAGCAUCUGGCAUAAAAAAGUUGUACCCAGAAUUUUUUAAAACUUUAAGCCUUAGGCAACUUGCAGCUCCACCCUAAGGACAAACUUAAUAAACACUUUUCGAAAGAGGAAAAAUUCCCUGCAGCCUACAAUUUGAUUGACAUCAAGUUAUGAUGCAUUGUUAAAACUGUUGAGGUGUGAGAGGCUGAAAUGUAUGGACUGAAAGGCUGAAUAAUGCGUGUUAGUGAUAAGAAAGUUGUUGCAACAGGUGUUGUCUAUCACUCCCUUAAAACAAAAAAAAAAAAGUCUAAAGUCAAUGGUUUAUUUAAUGUUUAUUUACAAACAAAUAUCUUUAAAUUAUCUCUCUGUGAACAUAACAUUGAAGCACAGCAGAAAGUAUGAAUUAGACACUUAAGUACGUUUACAAUGAGUUUAGACAACUCUGACUGCAGCCACUUACUCCAUAGUUUAAAAAAAACUGUUUUGGGGUCUAGAGACAAAUUCUUUUCUGUCUGGGAUUCAGAGUUGAAGCAUUUAAGUAAACUUAAAACUGUACCCACUUAAUACCCCUUAGCACCCAUCCUGUUUGUGAUUGUGAUCAAACCCAUGUGAACCUUAUUGUCCUGUUUUGCGCACAGCUUCAGUGUUCGCGAACUCAUGAAUGUGCUCAAAUAUGUUUACAAUUCCAUUCAAUUAACCUUUUUUUCCCUAGACUGGUGUCCCAACAUGUUUGUAGGAAAGGGGGCUAUUAUAUAAUAUAAACAUGACCAUUGUGAUCCUUCUGUAUGUUUAUCUAUGUACAAUAUUGUUGAUGCUCAAUUAAAAGACAAUCAAAAAAAUCUGUGUUUUACAUGACGACCCUGAAUGCCUCAUAUUUACCUUGCCUGAAUCAUAAACACUGUAGGUUGGGGUUGCCGCGGAGUCCUGAGUUUUGCAUCAUAAACAGAUGAGUCAACAGUGGGACGGGCAGACCGGGAGCAGGCACGAAAUCAGACUCUCAGCUGAGACAGUUACGGAAGUAUCCACGAAAUCGCACAGCUGGAUUUAAACAAUUCAUUCCGCAUAAUUUCUGCUACAAAGUAGAGUGACAGUCUUAAAAUCACAAGGAGCUGAAGAGAUUUACAGCAGGGACUCGAGGAAUGAAUGCGGACAGAGAGGAGCAGGAAGACGAACUGUUGGCUCUCCAGAGUAUUUUUGAUUCGGAAGAGUUCGUCCGGGAUGAGUCGAAGUUUGCCGGAGAAAUACGAGUGUGUGUCGAGCUGCCUGCGGACUUUACAGUGCUUCUUAAAGAAGGUAAAUAGAAAAAAUAAAUAUUACAAAAAAUGCAAAAAAGAAAGACACGAACAGGAGGGUUCAGUGUUACCGACGGCACAGGUUGACCUGCCUUGUGUCAACUUAAUUCUGAUACAACUGUUAAUAAUCAGCAGACUCUUCAGGUUCUUUGGUAGCUGUAUGACAUUUGUAUUAAUGAACUGUGGUCAAACCAGCGGACACUAAAAUUAGGGUACCCGCGUAUUCUAUCCUUUGCGUGCGACCCCGAACGAGCGAGCAGGUACCAAUGCGACUUCCGGUUUUCAAAAUAAGAUUCUAAAAACAGUGAAUGAAGAAUUUCGGAUAUCUAAAUGUUUGACAAUACACGUGUUUGACCGUUAAUUUCCGGCAACGCUUAAUGCACAUGAGUAUAGGACAUCUCUGACUACUGUCAGACUAGGACUUAUUCAUUUUACUUUAUCAUUUUAGAGAAAUGUCACUUUGAAAUGGUUAUAUUUCUUACUUUUGUGAUACUAUAAAAGCAAAUUGCUUCAUAAUUUUUGACAAUGCUUGAUGUACUUGAGUAGGAGACAUCUCUGACUACUUACACACUGAGAAUCAUUCAUUUUUACAGUAUUGUUUUAGAGAAAUUUCACAUUCAAGGUCCUACAUUUGUACUUUGAAAUAGUUACAUUUCUCAUUUUUCUGAUACUGUAAAAGCAAAUCGCUUCAUAGUUUCUGGCAAUGUUUGAUGUACAUGAGGAGAAGACAUCUCUGACUACUCUCACAGACAAUUAUUCAUUUUUACUGUUUCAUUUUAGAGAAAUUUCACAUUAAAAGUCCUACAUUUGUACUUUGAAAUGGUAACAUAUCUCAAUUUGGUUUCACUGUAUAAGCAAAUUGCUCCUUAAUUUCUGGCAAUGCUUAAUGUACAUGAGUAGAAGACAUCUCUGACUACUUACACACAUGGAAUUAUUAAUUUUUAAUGUAUCAUAUUUGAGAAAUUUCACAUAAAAAGUCAAAAUUUCACAUUAAAAGUCCUACAAAGAAUUCCCAUCCGGAAGGAGACCCCAAGGCUGACCCAGAGCGCACUGGAGGGAUUAAAUAUCCUUUCUAAGAGGGGGCUGAAAAAUGUAGCUCGGGUAAAAGCAGUGCUCGAGUUGGGGGGGAUAGCCCCCAGAAGUGAAAAUGGUAAAAAUCAUCCCCCUUCUACAACAGUCAUCACAGCUUUCCAUCCCAUUUUUUCCAGCCAUUUUUAUGCGGAAAUAUUACUCGGAUUUUAACAUGGGAAAUAUUGCCACCAUUUUAACGCCAAGCGGGUGUGACGGUGCGGCGUCCUCACUGACUGCGGGCAGAGCAUGGAGACACACAUACCGACAUACACGACUAACAUUUCCCUCCCAAACCAGCGUCGCUACUUACCCACCAAACAGCGCUACUUUUCCUUCUCCCUUCUCUGUUGGAUUGGGUUACCAAGGGUGCACACUUGGAGCUCUAUCAGUUAACUUAAACAUACAUUCACACAGACAUUUAUCCCUCCACUUACUUGCUGAGCGUCCAUUCACAUCAUGCUGGCUCAGGUGUCCAAAUGAGGAAACAGAGCUCGUGGUUUCCGGGUGUAAAAUAGAUGGUAUGGCGGGUUAAAGUGGUUACAUGAUGAAAGAAAAAUUAAUUCCCCUGUUGUUUGCCACAAAUCCCUCAAAAAUAUGUUUCAUUGACUUGUGUAAAAACUUGGUUAAAAUGGUAAAAACUUUCAGAAAAAGUUCUGAAGGUUAAAAGUGUAAAAAAUGGUUUUAAUUUGAAUAAAUGAGUUUUUUCCAAACUUAUCUAAUUAAUAACGCCCACUGGGAGGGGCUAGGAGGGGUUUAAAAGAUGGCUGCCUGUGCCUUUCUCUGAGUCUGGAGUUUGUUACAUGGAAGGUUCUGCCAAACUAACUUUUGUAGUGCUGCUGUGGUUUUUUUUAAAUGUAUUUAUUUAUUUUAAGUAAGAAUCUUGAGAUAUAGUGGAUAUAUAUAUUUUUUUGCCUUGUACAUUUUUAAGUAAUAUUUGAUAAUUUUUUUUAUGCUUUAGUAAAUAUUUUUGCACGGCACCUUGGAAGGCCGGCUGAAAAUAAAAAUAACCGUCACCGUAUUUCUCUACUACACCUGUGUUUUUCCACUAUAUUUUAAUUCUUCGAUUGAGAACCCUGUGACAGGGGGCCUCGUGCAUAUUUAGUAAAAUACUCUGGGUGAGGAAGCACAUGUGAAAAAGACACUUUUUCCCCUUUUUUUUUUGAAAAUAAAUGACGUCAGUAUGUGGCGAAGCAGCACUGGUGACGCUGUUGCUAUUUCAGUAUGAUGGCCGAGCGACAUGGGCAUCUCAAUCCAAGGGAUAAUAUAAUAUAAUAUGAUAAUUAUCUUUGUGCUUUAGCAACAAUGAAAUGGGUAACACAGUUGGUUUUCCGCCGUGUGAUCUGUCAGCAGAACAAAAUAUCUGUCCAUAGAAAUAAAAUCCACCAUCAACCCUGAUUUUUUUGACAGCUGGAUUACUGGGUAAAAGAUGUCUGGAUCGACUUUCUUCGACUGCUGCCUCCAGAGCCCAUGCUCAGAGUAAUGCCUGGGCCAGGAUUAAGCAUUUAUUAAUCAUUGUUAUUACUGUUUUUAUUAUUUGCUCAGGUGAAUCUCAGAGGCAGUAUGAGAUAUCUCACCUCCCUCCUCUACAUCUGACCUUUGAACUCCCUGAGAACUACCCUUCCUCCUCCCCUCCCUCCUUCACUCUCACCUGCAGCUGGCUGACACACACUCAGGUAAUCAGUGGAGGUAAAGUGGGUCAAUCCAAACACUAUCUGUCACAUUUACUACAGGGUGUGUGAAGGUGUCAUAGUGUAGAUGAAAGGUUACAUCAGUCCAUCUCUACUCUCUUUCCACAGCUCUCUACACUGACUGCUCAGCUCAAUGAUCUCUAUCAGGCCACUGGGGGCGCUGUGGUGCUCUUCACCUGGAUCCAGUUCCUCAAAGAGGAUAACCUUGGGUUUCUGGACAUCAGUUCUCUACUAGAGCUCCCAUCAGAUGAGGUGUCCAACCUCUCUGUACUGUCCCCUGGAGAAAAGCAUCAGACUGGAGAUCUUGCCAGUGACCAGGAUCCUCAACCAUCAAAAGUGAGCAGUGUAGAUCCUCAGGAGGCUAAGGAGCUGGGCCGAAAUAGUCCAGUAUCUCACUACAGCUCAGCUACUCAGAGUGGUCCUAACUCAGAGUCUGAUGAGGGGGGAUCUGAAGACCAGAGGCUAGAAACCUCAGGAUUAAAGGCUGUCUCAGAGGAUGACCACGAGGACACUGUAAAUGGAGGUGACUCUUCAGCCUCAUUGCUACCCUCCUCUAACUCACCACACCCACUGGAUCCAAGUGGACCUGCUUCUGUGCUGGUCCACUCUAAAGAGUUCACACAUAAAGACAACCAAACGCCCUCUGGUCCCUCCUUAACUCCGUCACAGGUCCUCCUGUCCCAGAUCUUAAUCUACAAUGCAUCCCAGAAACAGAAAGAGUUUUCCACCACUGUGUUUGACUGUGGGGUGUGUUUCGUGGGUUGGCUUGGUUCUGACUGUGUGCAGCUGUUUGAGUGUGGCCACAUCUUCUGCAGGGGUUGUCUGGGUGAGUUCUUUAAGCUCCAGAUAACAGAGGGGAACAUCCGGGGCGUCAGAUGUCCUGAUGGAGGCUGCCCUGCAACCCCUACACCUGCACAGGUACAGUCAUGAGGUUUCUGUCUGUCCUCUCUUUAAAACACUCAGAAGGAAUACGAGACAGAUUUUACCAUGAAUUAAAAUGAAUUUUAGUUAAAGCAUGAACUCUAAAUUGGUACGAGUGUAUGUAUUUUUAAUGCAAUUUUAAACUUUUUUCGUUCUUGUAACUUUACAAAUUUCAAUCAAUCAAUUUUUAUUUAUAAAUCGCCAAAUCACAACAAUUGUUACAUCAAGACGCCCUCCAAAAAACAGGUCCAGACCUAACUCAUUGUUUGAUGUAUUACAACAUUUGAAUUCCUAAGUUAAUAGUUAGUUUUGUGUAGUUACAUCUUCACAAAACACACCUACAGCUGUUGCUCAGGUUACCUCUUGAAUCUAUUGAAUUUCAUUGAGAGUAUACUAUCUUAUUUCUUUUGUUAUUUUCAUAUCUUUGAAGGUACAGAGUUUGGUCGGGGAGGAACUGUUCAGCCGCUAUGAUCGUCUCCUGCUUCAGAUGACUCUUGAUCGCAUGGCUGGUUUGUUUCCUUCAUAUUUAAAUAAACUCAAGCACAUAUCAAAUGACUUUAAAUAAGAAAUAUCACCUUUAAGAAUUUGCUUAACAGCUGUAAAAUAACCUACAAAGGCAAAACAAAGAGAAAAAAAAAUCAUCUUUUUGAAAACAAACCUAAACUCUUUUCUCCUCGUAGAUGUGGUGUACUGUCCUCGACUUACCUGCGCUGCCGCUUGCAUUAUGGAGAAGUCCAGCAGGGCGGCGAUGUGCUCUGUGUGUGACUUUGCCUUCUGUGUGGCCUGCAACAAAACCUACCAUGGAACAGACGACUGUCAGGAUGAGAAGAAAUGGGAGGAGGAGGAGGAGGACACAAAAGACUCAAAGGACCCUUUCAAAGCACUGCCACAGUCAUCAGGUAAAAGACAACACAAACUAAUGCAUGCAUAUGAGACUCACAUGUUUGCAUUGAUGGGGUAUAAUUUUGUGUAUGUAACAGAGGUCAAAGGUAACCUGAAAAGAUUAUAGAUAGCUUGGUACCACUGUAGAAAAGACCCCAUCUAAAACGACCUUUCAUCCACCUUUAAUUAUAGAGUUACACUGCCACUGGGUUGUUUGCUCAGUUUUUCUAUAUGGAAAUGUGUAUCUAAACUAGUGAUCUUUGUGUGCAUAUUUGUGUCUGUGUGUGGACAUAUCUCAGAGGGGAGGGAAGCUCUGUGGGAAGACUAUUCCAAGGGUAGUAAGGAGAGGAAGAGGCUCUUGGAGAGCAUAUACGGUCGCAAGAGGCUGCAGCUUCCUCUCCUGGACAGGCUGAGUAAAAAGUGGAUUGUCGGUAACAGCAAGAAGUGUCCUCACUGUUUCUGCAACAUAGAGGUAUUUAUAUCCUCUAUGAUCUUCAUUCAAAUACAAAAAUCUGACUGUAUAAGACAGCUGGUUUUGCUAACAUAUGUUGUUGUGUUUUUAAUUGUAGAAGAACGGUGGAUGUAACAUGAUGGUAUGUGGUCGGUGUAACCAGCGCUUCUGCUGGGCCUGCCUCACUGCAGUGCCAUGGGAUGGUUCACACUACGAUGACAGUCCUGGCUGCAUAAACCCAGUCUAGUCCCUGUGGUAUACUUCUAUCAGUCACAAAUUAAGUUGCUUACACAAAAAUAUCACUAUUAUUCUAUUUUUAAAUGUGUUUUUCUUUGAUAUGCCGUCAAAACUGACAAUUUGUGAUGCUGCUCGUUCUGAAAACUGAUGUGGUUAAAUAUCAUAACACUCUCAAUAUGAAUUAUUUUGCUUAAGGGGUAGCUUUUAUUGUCAGACCUCAGA